GGUUAUGGUCCAUGGAUUAAGAUUGAUAGUGCGACGUUCUUAUCACUACAUACUUACACACCCAUGCAUCGCUCAUGGCCUUACAAACCCUGAUAGCCCUCAUCUUUGCCUUCACAUCUACCGGGUCAAGGGAAUCUGACCCAGAGAAGGGUCCGGAGACAGGCUUCAGUGACACUUCCAAUGGAAACAGGAACUCGAGCGCUCGCAUUCAUAACGACGGAAGGGAUGAGGCAGACGAGGACAGAGACAUAGUCCAGGAAAUGCACCUGGACCUGGACGUUGACGACGAUGAGGACGGUUCUCCUCCAGAUGGAUCUGACUCAGGCCCGCAGACCGACCCGCUUCAGCUGUCUCCUCUCGAUUCUCCCGAAAAACGCCCGUCGUUGUUUGCUCGGGCGAAGUCAUUCGUGUUUCCGCCGUUAUCGGAUGAUCUGUGCUAUGCACCAAACUACCGGUACAUUCCCCUCAUAACCGGCAUCGUGAUACCAUUCUCGAUCUUGCUCGAGAUUCCAGGACUCACUGGGCACUGGUACAUCCGCACCGAGGAUUACAGUACCGUCCAAACUCAUCCUAACCCAGUCUUGUUGGAUAUUGGCCUCGCAUUUAGCAUGACUUGCGCUAUCCUCGCUAAUAUAUGUAUCGUCCUAAGGUUUCUUGAGAAGCGGGUCAUGACAAUGACAAUAUUAUGUAUCGUGUUUCUGUCCAUUCACGAUAUUAUCAAUAUCGUCGCUCUCAUCAUCUUUGGCGUUAGCCACCGACAUAACGACGGGUUCACCUACGGUGAAUCCUUCUGGAUGACUAUCUGCUCUACCGUCGUAUCCGUCAUCACGAAUGUGACUCUUAUAAUAGACCUCAUUAUCACGCCCGACUUCAAGACAAGCGGCAGUGGUCUUACCCGCAAGCAGCGCACGCUGAUGAUCAUGCUCAUUAUCCUAUUUGCCUACAUCGCAUUUGGCUCGUUAAUCAAUUCAUUCAUGCUCUCUCUGAGCUUCAUUAACGCACUUUACUUCACCGUCACAACAAUCGAGACUAUUGGCUUUGGCGACAUCGUGCCCAAUUCCACCGGAUCAAGAAUAUUCAUCUGCUUUUACGCUGCGCUUGGUAUCGUGAAUCUCGCAGUGGUAGUGGGUAUGGUACAAGAGACGGUGAGGGAAGGGCUGCACGUCGGUUAUCUGCGUCGCCUAAAUGACAUUCGAGAACGGCGACGUGCAACACGGCGGCGAAAGAAUGCCGAAAAGCGAUGGCGUUCAGCCGUCAUGUGGAGAUUGCGAGACAAAGGUGCAAAGGUGUGGGUUCGCAAAUACCGUUCAACAUCCAACUCGCUCUGGGCCAAGGUGAAGAGAAGGUUUUUCAGCGCUACAGACAAGAUUCCGCACCCUUUGGAUCGUUCCCGGGGAAUGCGUCUGAACCUCGAGGCGCUCACUCAUCUUGAGUUGAGAGAGGCAGCUAUGGAGGCGGGCGUUCCACUUGACACACUGCUCCCACCACAGUUUUACGAAGCCCAGAUGCAAAACGAUGACGAUGGCAAUGGUGAUGACUUGGAGAUUACAAACCCAUACCCCGCCUUGUCCGUUCCGCAUUCAGUGUAUGGUACGAAUGUGCGGCGCGGCGCCCAUCAAAUGCUAACACACCAGCGGCUUGGCGCCAUGGCAGCGCUACUCACGAGAUUUGCGGUUAGGGUUUCCUUGACACAUGAAGGACCUAUACCUAUACCGCAGGCCACUGUUGGCGACGUCAAAAGUCCUACCGAAGACAAUGGACGUGACUUGAAUUUCGACGGGUCAGUUGGAAGCUCGACAACGCUUGCAACGACCUCGAGCAGCGACGAUAUCAAUGUAGCUUACGACUCAAUGGUCGCGAGCAAGGAGAAGCACGCUCUUUUGAUUCGCUCGUCACUUGCAUGGACAUUGUUUGUUGUGUUCUGGUUGGUUGGCUCUGCAAUAUUUAGCCAGACAGAAGGCUGGUCAUAUGGCACGUCAAUAUAUUUCUGUUUUGUUGCGUUCACGACGAUCGGGUACGGUGACCCCGCGCCCAGGACGCCUGCAGGGCGAUCUGUGUUUGUUGUGUGGGCCCUGCUCGGCGUCGCUACCGUGACCGUCUUGGUUUCUGUCGCCUCCGAGGCCUAUUCCAAGCGUUACAAGGUGAUGCUUCAAAGUGACUCUUUCGAGCGAGCCGUCACGUCGUACCGUAGUCGCACGAAAAAGAUGUAUAUCACGAGGACCCAAUCUUUGACCCAGUCUGAACCUCAACCUCAAGUCCAAAGCCCAACCCGGAUCCGGACUCAAUCACUGACUCCAGCCUCUCCAAAUGUCCGCUUCCAACCCCACGUCUAUUCUCCAGGUUCCCAACCACGCACCACAUUUCUUUCUGAGCCAAACGACGAAGGCGGCGAGGGAAGCCAGCGACCGCAAGACACGGCAAUGAACGCACCAGAUCCAGAUCCAAAUCUGCGUGCGCAGGACUUGCUCGAGACACUCCCACGACACGUCUUAGACGAGGCACGUUCGUUCCAGGAGUACAUGCGCUAUCUGGGGAACAGUAGUAGCGGUACAAACGCAUACGUGAAUGAGCGGCUGAAGGCGCUCCUGGACGAUGUGGUUGGCGUGGAUGGCAUAAGGGAGGGCGUGAAAAUGGAUAUAUUGAGGGAUAGGGAUACUAGGCGGACGCUCGUCACGUUGAGCAUUGAGAAAUCUUUGAUGGAGCUUAUGAUCAUUGCGGAAGAGGCGAUUGCGGCGAUGAACGAGCGUGACCGUGUCGCUGCGGCUUUGGGUAAGGGGCGGGAAGACACUGAUGAGGUCGAAUAACGGCCAAUGCUGUUCAAGGCAGCAAAUAACGUUGAUGGCGCUCUCAUGGACCUUUUUAGGCCGGGCUUAUUGGACAUGGCUCACUGUACACCUUAUAUCGCCGUUCUUUCCUUGCCUACGACAUGUAUUAUUCCGAAUACCCGACACUCUCGUUAAUGUGCGACGCUCAUUUGUCGUUUUCCUUCAGUAUUCUCUCCGAUACUGAGGGUACUUCCAGUCAUUUACAGCUAUUCCCCUCAUACUGACUUACCCAUAGACUACUCCUACCUGUAUCUAUCAUCACAAUAUAAAGUCUUCUAUCCUAGACUGAGGACUAAUCCUACCCCUAUCUCUGAGGUAUUCGUCAGGACUGGGGCGCAAUCAACGAGCUUGGAAGUCUCAAGCGUAUACUGCAGACCUUGA